AUGGAUGUUAUUGAGACAGUUGUAACAGAGAGCGUUGAAGUAGAUGAAACUCCAAUGGUGUCCAGUUUGGAUCCGGAUAAAUCGAAAGCAGGUCAGUGCAUCUUGUCAGCAGACCGCAUUCAUCGUUAUUUGCGAGGAGCUCGAUGAGUUUGUGGUUGAUCACUGAUAUUUAUCAGAAUCAAUUUAAUUGGCUCUCAAAGUUUCUCAAUAGGGAAAGUUUCUGUAAACACACGGGCUACGAGGAAAACACAUGACAAUUAAAUAAACAAAAUGUAACAAAACUGUCAUUUAUUUGUAUAUUGUUUAUAUAUAUAUAUAUAUAUAUCAACUUCCCUUCUACAGAGUUUGUAUGGACUUUACAAGCCACAUGGCAACUUGUCCAAACCCGCCUCGAAAUGGACCAGGAUUUUGAACAGCCAGUGUGCAAGAAAAAGAAACUGUGGGAGACGGUGGCUGAGAGAGUGACUGCCAAGCUAAGGGCAGCUGGGAGCACAGAUGUCACAGUCAAGGCCUAUGAGUGUGAUCUGAAGUGGCGUAACAUGCUGGCCACAUACAGGAAAAAUGCUGAGCGGUCCAAGAGACUGGGGGCCCAGAGUGUCCACUGGGAGUUUUUCAAGGCCAUGCAUGAGGUUCUGGGGAAGAGUCGGGAGGAGAUCGAAGCACAGCGCCGGGCCAAACUCAACGGGUACCAAGCUGGGCAAGGCUAUUGCCAGCAAGCGGUUUACCCCCAUCCUUCCUACACCCUCCCUGACAGCUGCCGCCUUUGCUUCCAGGCCCCCCCAGGAUGUCCUGCAGCUGUACAUGGAGCUGCAGGAGAGGAAGAUGAACAUGUGGGCCCAGCAGAAGGCCCUGGAGGAGAGGAAGAUCGAGGCCAUCAAUAAUCUAGCCCGUGCCAUCUCCAGUUUGUCUCAGAGUCAAAACAACAGUGUCCAGCUGCCAGAGUAG